UACACUCACACAUACAUUUUCAAAUGUCACAAGUCAUGUUUCUGGCCUGGGGCCUGGUAGUACUGUUGACAGCCCUCGCUAGCACUAGCAUAGUUAGACUGGGAAUUGCAGGUGAAGAAGUAUGUGUCACAAAUUAUAACUAUGGUGAUGUACUUGGGAAGGCGAUCAUGUUCUUGGAAGGACAACGGUCGGGGAAGUUACCGGCUAGCCAGCGAGUGAAAUGGAGGGCUAACUCUGCUCUCUCUGAUGGCAAGCCUGACAAUGUGAAUUUGGUAGGAGGUUACUAUGACGCAGGUGACAACGUCAAGUUUGGGUGGCCAACGGCAUUCACUGUAACCUUGUUGAGUUGGGCUGCAAUUGAGUACCAAAAAGAGAUAUCAUCUGUUAAUCAGCUUGGUCACCUCCACAGUGCAAUCAGAUGGGGCACUAACUUCUUACUGAAAUCCCACACUUCAACAACCACCUUGUACACACAGGUGGGAGAUGGAAAUGCUGAUCACCAGUGUUGGGAGCGUCCUGAAGACAUGGACACACCGCGAACACUCUACAAGAUAAGUCGUGAUUCACCAGGAACUGAGGCUGCAGCCGAGGCCGCUGCUGCACUAGCCGCUGCUUCAAUUGUCUUUAAAGGGGUUAAUUGUACUUACUCUGCCAAACUACUUAACCAUUCACAAUCUCUUUUCGAAUUCGCAGACAAAUAUAGAGGAUCUUAUUCUGGUUCUUGCCCUUUCUACUGCUCUUACUCAGGUUAUCAGGAUGAGUUGCUAUGGGCAGCAGCUUGGUUGUACAGAGCAAGCAGAGCAAACAUAUAUUUGAACUAUGUGUUGAGCAAUCAAGGGUGGAGUCAGGCGGUCUCAGAGUUCAGUUGGGACAACAAAUUUGCUGGAGCUCAAUCACUACUAGCAGAGGAAUUCUACGCUGGGAAGACAAAUCUAAACAAGUUCAAGAAUGACGCUGAUUCGUUCGUGUGUGCAGUGAUGCCUGGAAGUAGCUCAGUACAAAUUAAAACAACUCCUGGAGGGCUUUUAUUUAUUAGAGAUAGUGCAAACUUGCAGUACGUUACGAGCUCUAGUAUGGUCCUAUUCUACUACUCCAGAAUCUUGACUGUGGCGCAUAUUGAUGGAGUUCAAUGUGGUUCUGUACAUUUCUCUGCCUCCCAAAUAAGGUCGUUCGCGAAAUCACAGGUGGAUUACGUUCUUGGAAACAACCCUAUGAAGAUGUCAUACAUGGUAGGGUUUGGAAGUAAAUACCCAACACAACUGCACCAUAGAGGGUCAUCCAUCCCUUCAAUCCAGGCUCACCCAUCCAAGAUUGGUUGCAGCGAUGGGCAAUCAAACUAUUAUUUUUCUACAAAGCCAAAUCCGAAUACACAUGUGGGUGCAAUUGUUGGAGGUCCUGAUGCAAAUGACCAGUUCAAAGAUUUGAGAUCAGAUUACUCUCAUUCAGAACCUACUACUUACAUGAAUGCAGCUUUUGUGGGUUCAGUUGCUGCUUUGUUAACUGUGAACAAUGAAGGGUGCGUACAAAUUAGGCUGAAUAAUAUAACCUCACAAAUGCUAAUUAACUCUGUAUAAUUAAGUUAUUGAAACUAGAGAUUUGUAAAAGUACCAAUAAGGUCCCUCCUGCAUAGGAUCAAGUGAUGUUAAAUUUAUUAUUAGUUGUGACAAGUAAUAUAAUAAUUGUUGUACUAUUACCUU